AUGAGACACCGACGACUACCGUUCCUAUCGUUCCGCAGGAGGGGUAGCAAUGUCAAAUUCGUCAGCAUGUUGUGAGCCGAUUGGAGCGACAUCGGUCGUAAUCGUGCUCGGUAGGCCCACUGCUGGUUGACGUGCUAGAGCGUGCAGCUGUCGACAUCUUGAACGCCGCAAUGAGGAGCAUUAUAAGAGAAGCAACGUUGGCAGCCAUGACCACUUAUAUCUGGACUACACAAGCUUUGAAGCUCAGACAAUCAUCAUCACAACUGCAAACAUGCCUACCGAGUUUAUAUCUCUAGCAUUCGCAAAUGCUUCCACGGAAUUGGAGCCCAUCCCGGGUGCGCCCAUUGACCCAGACUUCCUGAAAAGAUACUCCCAGAACCUGGAUGACUAUGGCUUCAACUACACUCUCCAGCCCUACGACUCCUCAUUCUUUGACCCCUUCACCACGGGCGCUACAAUCGCCUCUCACACCAAGAACCUCAAGGUUAUCAUUGCCCUCCGCCCCAACACCGUCUACCCAACCGUAGCAGCCAAAUCCCUCGCCACACUUGACCAGCUCUCUAAAGGCCGUGCUGUCGUGCACUUCAUCGCCGGCGGCAGCGACGUCGAGCAAGCCCGAGAAGGCGAUUUCCUAAACAAAGACGAACGUUACGCACGUCUGGAAGAGUACAUCAAGAUCCUCAAGCGCGCAUGGGCGUCAUCCGAGCCAUUCGACUGGGAGGGCAAAUACUACCAGUUCAAGGGCUUCAGCAACCGCGUGCGCCCCGUCAACGGCACCAGCAUCCCCAUCUCCGUCGGCGGCAGCAGUGACGAAGCAUACCGCGUCGGCGGUUCGCUGGCGGAUAUCUUCGGGCUAUGGGGCGAGCCGCUCAAGGAGACCAAGCAGCAGAUCGAACGCAUUUACGCCGAGGCCGCGAAGGCGGGUAGGACCGACCGCCCGCGUAUCUGGGUCACGUUCCGCCCGAUUGUCGCGGAGACGGAGGAGUUGGCGUGGCAGAAGGCGCAUAGGACGCUCGACGCGCUGCAGGCGAAUCGCGACGCCGGGUUUGGGAAGGUUGCGGCCGGCGCGCCGCCGCCGCAGAACGUCGGUAGCCAGAGGCUGCUCGAUAUUGCGAAGAGGGGCGAAGUGCAGGACCGAGCGCUGUGGUAUCCUACUGUCACGGCGACGAAUGCGAGAGGUGCUUCGACGGCGCUGGUAGGCAGCUACCAGACGGUUAUUGACUCCAUCCUGGACUACGUCGACCUUGGGUGCGAGCUGAUUUCUAUUCGUGGGUAUGACAACCUCAACGAUGCGAUUGAUUACGGGAGGUAUAUUCUGCCAGGUGUGCGGAAAGGAAUCGAGAAGAGGGAAGGUGCGCAGCAGAACGGAAACGGGAAUGGGAUCGUGAACAAGGUCGCAGAGGCUGUUGAGAGCGUGACGGUGCGCGACGGUUGAGUAACUGUGUGGUAGUCUCAAUGCAAACGAUUAACGACAUUUGAAUCUGUACAGAAUAUCUUCCCGUGAUUGGGUUGGG